AAAUUGACAGUGAAAGCAAAACAACAGUUCAAAAAGCUAAAGCUGAGAAAAACACACACUGACAGAGUAAUCAAAAUUCAAGACACUGAGAAAAAAAGUUCCUUUUUUUUUUGUCUCGUUCUAAUUUGCUGUUGUACCUGUGGUUUUUUUUGGUAAGACACCCACAAAAAUUUUUAAGGGUGAAGAUUGAUUUUAUUAUUUUAAAGCCGCCAUGAAUGUUUUUCACUAUGCUACUGUUCAUCCAUUUCUCUGGGCGGGAAUAAAGGCCAGCUCCAUUUCAAAAACUAAAUUAAAAAAAUAUUAUAAUAAAAAGACAAAUGUCAUAAUGUAUUUUGAAUUUUUUUAAAAAACAGGAAGCAACUUGAAUAAUUUUUUUCCUAGUUUUUGAGUUUUGAGGCUUCCAACUCACAUGCUGUUAUCUGUUUCCAUUUUUUUAUAUUUAAUAAAAAAUAAAACUCAAAGGAAAAACCAGAAAAAGCAAAGAAAAGGCCAAGAAAUAGAAGCCCAAAUUAUCUGAAAACUUGAUUAUCCUAGUGUUUUCUUUUUUCUCGGCUGAUUAGGUACAGACAUUCCACAGAUUUUUCUUGCAGAGUUUGUUUGAAUUGUUUUUCUUUUCAAACCCUUAGAACUAAGACAUCAAAUAACUCAACUUCGGUUUCCCAUUGUUUCUUUCUAGUUCCACGUCUGGUUUUUUAAGAAGAACAAUCUCUGAUGAGCUAAGUGGUGCUGGAUAUUUCAAACUUGCUAUGGAAAAAAGGAAAUGGCUGUGGAAGAGGAGGUCUUCUGAGAGGAGUCCCGGCGAAACCGACACUUCUGGAUCGUUAUCGUCACAUUCCGAGAGAUACUCUGAUGAUCAGGAUGUUUCCAAAUUGUCGCCACAGCUGAAUAAUAACACACAAUCACCUGAAGUGUCGUCAAAGGCUUCAACCAGUUCCGAAGAUGUUACGGAUGGCGUUAAGAUCUUGACACAGAAGUUAUCAGCUGCACUAGUUAAUAUUAGUGCCAAAGAGAACUUGGUGAAGCAACAUUCCAAAGUUGCGGAAGAAGCUAUUGCAGGUUGGGAAAAUGCUGAAAAUGAAGUAGUAGUGUUGAAGCAAAAACUUGAGGCUUCAAUACAGCAAAACUUGGCACUAGAAGAUCGUGUGAGCCAUCUCGAUGGAGCUCUCAAGGAAUGUGUAAGGCAGCUAAGACAAGUGAGAGAGGAGCAGGAGGAGAAGAUUAGUGAAGCCAUUGCUAAAGCUGCCCAGGAUUGGGAAACUACCAAAUUCGAACUCAAAAGCAGGUUGCUUGAUCUCCAAGCUAAAUCUGAAGCUAUUAAUUCCAAGCUUCCUCCUCAGGUUGGUCCUGAGGUUCGGCGAAAGAUAGAAGAUUUAGAGAAGAAAAAUGCGGACCUCAAGCUUGAGCUCUCAUCUCAGUUGGAGGAGAUGGAAAUCAGAACAAUUGAGAGGGACUUGAGCACCCAAGCAGCUGAAACGGCUAGCAAACAACACUUGGAGAGUAUAAAGAAGGUAGCAAAGCUUGAGGCCGAGUGCCGAAGACUCAAAGCAAUAGCUGGUAAAUCUCCGAAUAUCUCCUCGAUUUAUGUCGAACUCCUUACUGAUAGUCAAUCAGACAGUGGAGAACGGGUUAAUCUUGUGGAGAUUGAUACUCACAAGAUGAUUUGCUCGGAAGCAAACAAAGGAGAACUCAGUUGUUCUGAUUCAUGGGCAUCAGCCUUGAUUGCAGAACUUGAUCAAUUCAAAAACGAAAAGACUGUCAACCGAAGCCUCCCAGGUUCUUCCAUUGAGAUUGAUAUCAUGGACGAUUUUCUUGAGAUGGAAAGGCUUGCUGCUUUGCCUGAAACCAAGAGUAAAAACCAAUGUCUUGAAUCAAAAGCUACUGCCAAAGUAUCUAAUAACGAUGGUGAUAGCUUGUUGUUGAAGGCUGAGCUUGAAGCCAUGAUUCAUCGAACAACGGAACUUGAAAAGAAGUUGGAGAAGAUAGAAGUUGAGAAGGCUGAACUAGAAACUGCUCUUACUAAAACUCAAGAAAGUCUCAAUGAAUCUGAACUGCAGUUGAGGGACACGGGCCUAAAAUUGGAGGAGUUGCAAAGGGAGCUCAGCAUGGCAAAUGAAGCAAAGCAAAAUCUUGAGUCUCAACUCAGGAACAUGGAAGCAGAUGUGGAGACAAUGUCAUCAAAGAUUGAAUCAUUAGAAAAAGAAAUCGAAAAGGAAAGCACCUUAUCUGCUGAGGUUUCAGUUAAUGCAAAUGAAUCAAAGAAAAUGUUGGAGUCUCAACUCAUUAGCAUCGAAGUAGAAGCUCGAACUAUGUCUGCAAAGAUCGAUUCAUUAGAAACAGAAGUUGAAAAGGAAAGGGCACUUUCAGCACAAAUAACAGUCAAGUGUCAAGAACUGGAAGAAGAGCUGUCGAGGAAGAAACAGGAAACUGAGCUCCAGCAAACUGUUAACUCGAACGUCGAAGUGAAGAUAAAACAGGAGGAUUUGACUGCUGCUGCUGGAAAACUUGCCGAGUGUCAAAGGACAAUAGCAUCUUUAGGACAACAACUGAAAUCUCUUGCAACACUUGAAGACUUUUUAAUCGACAGUGCGAGCAUACCUGAGUUCCCUAAAGGACGGUCAUUGAUUCCUAAAGCUGGUGGAGAGCCUUGGAAUUUACAUUCCAAUGAAACAUUUUCACCCAAAAGAGCUCCAGAGUCUCCAAGAACUAGUUUUGAUAAGAACAAUGGAAACACACCCCCAUCUUCAUCCUCCUCUUCAUCUAUCAUGACAUCGAAUCAUGCCAGUUCCGAGAAGAACAGAAAUGGGUUUGCAAAAUUUUUCACUCGGAGUAAGAACGGGAUACAACUAGAAAUUUAAGAACAAGUUGUAAAACAAAGAUAUAGUUUGUCAUAUUAAAGACGGUGAUUAAAUGUUGUUUGAUCACCUGUUAUUAUUAUUGUUACUUCACUCUUAGGUUGUCUCAUGUAAUGCUAUUAUUAUACAUGAAUGGUUGUGUUCAAAUUGAAA